AUGAUUUUUACACGAUGUAAUAAAGCAAUCAAUCACGUUAAAUUAAAAAAUAAUUUCGUUUCUCUACAUUCUUGUGUUAUUGUCAAUCGACACUGGUGUACUUUGGCUUUACCAGAAUUAUGGAAGAAUCCUUUUGAUGCCAUCAACAUUUCGAACCUUAAAGUUGUGGCAAACAUUCCUCUAUUAAACACUUAUGUCUCUUGUUUAUCUAAAGACAUUAGAGAUAACUUGGGAGAUGAUGAUCCGGUUGUAUUUAAACUAAAAUCAAAGACAAAGAAAAGGAAAGUGUCGAUAGAAGAUGGUGUAGAUAACAUUCUCAAAGCUUUAUGUGAAUAUUUCGUUGAUCGUUCAGCGCUUUGGAAUUCAAUAAAUUGUGGCGCAGUUUCUUCGGCUGCAAAAAUCGCAAAAAAUAUCGAGAGGUUAGAUAUUGAUUUAAGAGAUGCUCCUUUCCCAACGAUGAUUACAAGUUUAAGUGAUAUAGUAGAAUUAAUCAAAUCUCAAAAAAAUUUGAAGAAAAUUGCGUUGUGCUGUUCGGUUUUGGAAUUCUCUGAAAUCAUAAAAAGUCUCUCAAUUCAUCAUGAAACCUUAACUCACAUCACUCUUCAUCAUAUCGAAUUCGAGCGUAAUUUUCCUCUCGCAGAAUUGGCCGAAUAUUUAAACCUGAAUUACUUGGAAAUAGAAAAUUGUAAAUUUAUUAGAGGAAAAAUGAUAAAGUUAGGUUUAAAAUCGUUUCAAAAACUCCAUUCAAUAUUGAUCAAGAAUACGAAUUUGCCUUUUGAAAUGUUGGAGUUUUUAUGUUGUCAGGCUAAUAGCUGUCUUCAAGUAUUGGAAUUAUCAGCGAACUCUGAUUUCGAUAGGCUUGAAAAUGUUUGUCUCAAAUUUUGUCCAAACAUUAAGAAAUUUGUAACAACAAAAAUUUCUUCAUAUGAUAAUUUCUAUGGUAACUGCUUGCAAGAACCUUGA